UGUAGUACGUACCUCUUACGAUCUGACUGUUUGUCCUUUGGUCUUGUUAUGCCUUAGGGAUAACACAAAUGGAACAAAUAUGAAGUUAUUAUCAUUUAUUUUAGUGGAAUUCGUAGUUUUAAGGACGAGAUAUAUAACUGCAGAAACCGUACGGGCUCCCUUCUCAGGUCAAGUCCUAAGAUUUUCUUCCGAGUUGUCUGGGAACGCAACAUCCGGGAUCUUAGAGGUUUGGUCACGUGACCAGUAUGGCUUCCUCUGCAAACGGAACUUUGGUAUUCCAGAGGCGGAUAUUGCCUGCAAGCAGCUGGGAUUCAAAAGAGGUGCAAAAGAUGUUUGGGCCAUAACAAAUGGGGCUGGUGAUGUUUUCAAAUGGGACGACGUGAACUGUGACGCACGCACACGAACACUGCAAGACUGCGAUUGGUCGUUAUCUCGAACUUGUCCCAACAACGAAAUUGUUGGUGUUUCUUGCUUAGAAAACGACGGUUGUCCCACCGACUGGUUGGCUGGACCAACCGGAUGUUACCAGCUGAUUAACAACAUUGUCUCUAAGCGGACGUUCGCUGUAAACAAAUGCGCUAGACGAGGAGGACAUCUUGUCACCAUAGAAACAGAACUAGAGAACAACUUUAUUUCGUCAAUUUACAGAUAUGAAAUCAAUGAACGAGUUUUAACGGGUGGAAUAAAGAAAGGCUCGGGUUGGUUCUGGGAAGAAGUGAGUUCAAACAACGACACCGAGAACUCUUCAGGUCAAAUUGUCGAAGUGCACUCAACAACUACAUUCCCUGUCGAAUUCACGAAGUGGUUCCCUGGCUGGGAGCCGGGUAAUAUAUUUCCGGAGCCGACCGGAGAAAAAAAGGACCGCUGCUUGUUCCUGUCGCCGCUUGCGAAUCACCCGAGUGGCGGAAGCACUCGCGUGGAGUAUCUGUUCUGGGCAAACGAUCUUUGUCAAAGCACGAAAAAGCGAAUGACGCGCGGCUUCCGGUACAUAUGUGAGCAGCAGAUACAGCCCAUGGACACAGAUGUGGGUUGUUAUCGGGGCACGGGUAUAGAUUAUCGAGGAAAGGCGGCCAUCACGAAUACGGGGCUCCCGUGCAUGAAGUGGACAGAUGCUGAAGACAUCAACCCAGGCACAUACCCACACAUGGGACUUGGAGACCAUAAUUACUGUCGUAACCCUGACAACGACGACACCCCCUGGUGCUGGGUGUCCCGGGGAAACUUCGAGUCCUGUCAAGUGCCAGAGUGUCCCGAUGACGAUGUGUUCUACGACGCGUUAGAGGACAUUCAUACAGAAACGGUUUGCAAAGACAACGAGUUCAAGUGUAAUAAUGGACAGUGUAUCGCCGCUUACUGGGCAUGCGAUAUGGAGCCUGACUGUAGCCAGGGAGAGGACGAGAACCAACACUGUGAUUACAAGCUCCAGCAGUUUAAGUUUACACCUUGGAUCACCGUGCGGGACCACAGAGUGGAGACUUACGCCGGGGCCACGAACGAAACUUGCGCCCAAUACUGCCUGAAUGCGACAAGAUUUGUGUGCCGGGCGUUCACAUUCAAGCCGCGAACCCGCGAGUGCAUCCUAUCUGACGCCAACACGCGCACCGAGGAACUGCGCCAGUCACGGUCUGAGGACCUCUUCGAACUGACAUCCAUACUGAAUAACUGUGAGGGUCAGUUCAAGUGCGGUAACGGGCGGUGUGUGAAGGAGACGCUUCUCUGUAAUGGCAUUGACCAGUGUGGAGACUUCUCCGACGAGUCGGGCUGUGGAACAGACGACAGCGUGGCAGUUCGUCUGUCCGGUGGAGAACGUAACGGAGAGGGUACGGUGGAGGUUUUGUACCGCGGGGAGUGGGGUGCGGUCUGCGAUGACCAGUGGGAUGAUCUAGACGCCGCGGUCGUCUGCAACAUGCUCGGAUAUCCUGGACCUGCGGAAGCUUCCUCGAACUCGCAUUUCGGUGGCGGAAAUGGGUCCUUCCUACUUGAUGACGUUAUGUGCACGGGGUCGGAAGUGAGCAUUGAUAAAUGCGACCAUGCGGGUUGGAAGAAUCAUGACUGCUUCUCUUGGGAGAAGGCGGGAGUCCGGUGUCACCAGCCAGACGCUGGUUUGCGUGUAAGACUGGAGACCGAGGGUUUUAACGCGUACGGAGGUCGCGUGCUUCUAUCGCGUGGUAACGAGGAGGGCACAAUAUGUGACGACAAGUGGGGCUACCAAGACGCCAAGGUCAUCUGCAAAAUGCUCGGAUACAGGGGAGGUAAAGCGCUAGAGGGCGACUGGUUUGAACCGUUAGCCGGCGACAUUCCCAUCCUCCUGGAUGACGUGCAGUGCACGGGUACCGAGGACUCGCUCGAGCAGUGCGACCACGCGGGCUGGGGCAUUCAUAACUGCGACCACUCAGAGGACGCCGGUGUCCAAUGUGAACCACCGGAAAUGUGGACUGAUGACGUCACCACUAUCGUCUCUACUGACAUGCCUUCUACGUCGACAACAAAACCUUCGACAACAAAACCUACGACCACAACAACAAUACAAACUACUACAACAAAGAUGACACAAUCUCCAAUAACAUCUGCAUCGAUCAUUGAACAUAAAGACUGUUUUGAUGGCUCUGGCGUGUACACCGGGACGCUGGCUGAAACAGAAAAUGGGUUCACGUGUCAGCUGUGGUCCCUAGACACACCCCAUGCCCACAAGAACCAUAAUGACUCGGCGUUUCCGGACGGGAGCGUGCAGGCCGUUUUAAACUUUUGUCGCACCCCGGACGAUGAUUCGACGCCAUGGUGCUACACUACAGAUCCAGACGAACGCUGGGGAUACUGUAACGUGCCGAAAUGUAGAGAUAACUGUGUGCGGGUAGCCAGUUCGUACACCGGCACGGCAUCGGUGACGGCCUCCGGGCGGACAUGUCAGUCCUGGUCUGCGAACGAACCCCAUACCCACAAGUAUCACGGGGACGACCAAUUUCCGGACGGCAGUGUAAACAGGGCUGUAAACUACUGUCGUGCACCGGACGAGGACGACACCCUCUGGUGCUAUACAACUGAUGAAAACAAGAGAUGGGACUUCUGUAACGUGACGCGAUGUGAAGGAGGGGAAUUCAACUUUAACAUCACAUGCGGAACACGGCCGUUAGAGCACAGCCGACGUCGGCGGGAAACGGACUCUUCAAGCGAUUCAUCUGAACUAUUCGGUAACGAUGAUGAACUGACGGAAAUUGAUUUAGAUCGCUCUCUUUACCGGAAGCAAACCCGGAUCUUCGGUGGUCAGAGUGCGAUAUACGGGAUGUAUCCGUGGCAGGCGGGGAUCCGGCGACGUCUGGGGUCCACGCUUGGCUACCACAUGCAUCAUUGUGGCGGAACCAUCAUUGGCGAGUACUGGAUACUCAGUGCGGCACAUUGCUUCAGAGAUAUUCCACGUGACAAUGUUGUGAUACGGACAGGCGACCACACAAACCACUACCGCGACAAGUACGAGCAAGAGUUUGACGUGGAGGUCGUCCUCGCGCACGAGGAAUACAGUGAUAUCACUUUUGACAACGACAUUGCGCUUGUAAAGCUGUUGCCAAAGAAUGGGCGUGGCAUCAUAUUCAACGAUUACGUGCAGCCCGCGUGUCUUCCAAACGAAACCACACCGUAUAGGUGGCGCCAAAAAUGCCUCAUAUCCGGCUGGGGAGAAACUGCUGAUGAAAAACUCAGCACCCACUUAACAGCUGCCCGCGUUCCGCUGGUUGAUGAUGUCACAUGUUUGCGCUCGUACAAGCACACGACUACCCCGCGCAUGGUGUGUGCGGGUUACAUGGCGGGAGGGGUGGACUCGUGCGCUGGCGACUCGGGUGGGCCGCUCGUCUGCGACAUUCAAGGUCAUUACACGGUGAUGGGUGUGACGUCGUUCGGAGAGGGGUGUGCGGUACCUAACGCCCCAGGGGUAUACGCACGUGUGACCUCCUUCAUGCCCUGGAUACGCCAAAAACUCCUCAAAUAUGGCGGAUAACUGCACGCGUUCGCAUUCGUGCUUAAGAAUUAAUCGACGUAGAGAUGCAAAUGUCAAUGACUUUGUUACGCCCAGAAUGAAUUGGGUAGUUCUUUUCAAAUUGUUUGUUAAUAUUGUUAUACAUGUAAACUAAAUUGUCUGCAUUAAAUUAUAACAGCUU